AUGAGUUGCAGGACAGUUACACAGAAGUUCCUCGGCUGGUCGACCAAAGUAGCAUUCAAAUUUGCCGCAUUUAUUGAGGAUUUGAAUGACGAAGUACGGAUAACUGUUAUUGUUGGAUACUGUGCUUUCAACGUAUUGAAGGUGAUGGAUAGAUCGUCCGUGGCGAAAGAGAUUGUUGAAGGAACUAUCUAUCGAGUUGACACUGACGGUGCCGAAGUGCCGUCUUUUUUCGUGUAUAUUAGGGUAUCUGAAAGCGAAAAAAAUAGAAAGGAAAUUGAUGAGCUCUGUGAGAAUUCCAGAAAUGAGCUGAUAGAAGUUAAUGAAUCGGCUUAUACGCCAGGCACUAUAUACGUUGCAUCUGUAAACGGUAAAUUAAUGAGGUGCUGUUACCUUAGAAAGUGUGACGCGGAAAUUGAGGUAUACCUACUUGACGAAGGAAGUAGAGUUUGCGUAAAGCGCUCGGAUUUGUUUGAUUGCUUGGAUUGUCUGAAAAGAUUUCAACUUUUCUGUUGCAUUCGUCCAGUACUUAUCAGUGACGUGCUGCCAACACAAAUUGAUGUUGCCAAAGCUCUUACGGGGUUUAAAUGCCGAUAUAUUGGAGCUGAUUUGAUUUUGAACAGUGCAAAGCCGUAUGCGAAAGGCAUGGUACUUGUGGAAUAUGAAAGUGGUUCGUUUUCCGACAUUAAAGAUAUCGGUACAAGGCCUGUAGAAGGCAAAGAAUGCCCACAGUUCAAAGUUGAGGUGAAGGAGAAUAAUGAUGCCGAAGGAUGCGAGUCCGCUGGAUUGGCUGACCAACAUCCGAAUAUAGACUGUGAUGUUGUCGUACAGACUUCUGAAUGUUUAAAUGGAGACGUCGAUGAAAGUGGGCAGAAGUUAACAAGUUUGCCCGCUGAGGUUUCUUCAAGCAUUAAACCAACGAAUGAUAGUAUACCGGACCCUGAAAAGAAGAUAGGGAUUGAGGCUACACUGAGUGACAUGGAUUUCCGAGGUUCUUUGUCAGUGGAACCAGAUUUUAAGCACUCUUCCAGAAUGCUGUUUAAGAAUUAUAAUUAUGGACGGAAAUCAAAUGCUACUUCAUGCUGCUUUUACCGUGGUAAUUGGGGAGAUUUUUCGGAGAGAAAUGCGCACGGUACCAGCCAUCGAAGAGGCCAGUUCUCAAAAAAAGGAGGCUACGUUAAGUCGUUUUACGACAGUACUGGUGACUUUGAGGAACCUUUUUUAAAGCAGAAGACUUUCAAAGAAUUCGAACCUACAAGUUAUCCCUGUAAGAUGAGGAUGCGGUUUGGUAGGAAAGAACCAGGUCUACGUGUUACAACGUUUUGGAUCAUUGAUACAGUGACGUUCACAAAUGUUGAACGGGUGCUUCAUGAGGGUAGAGUUCGUUAUAAACAAACUCCUGGUUUUGGUUUAUCUCGUGUUCAUGAACUUGUUGGUACUGGUUGUUUGGCUUCAGUUUUUAUGGAUGAAAUUUUUAUACUUGCUAGGGCCGUAAUCACCAAUUUCUGUGAGGAGACAUGCAGUUUCUCAAUUUAUUUGGUCGAUUACGGAUUUUAUAAAACAACGAAACUCAAAGAUUUGAUCGACGUUUCCCAUAUAAAUAAGGAUCUUCAGCGGGGAUCUGAAUAUGAAUUUGAAAUUUUAAGACGGAAGCCGAACGGUAUUUAUGCUGUCAAUGCAGGUCGUUUGCACAAUCAUGACCCCAUAAUGUCUAGUUCUUCUUUUGCGAAAGACGGAGGCGUUUCUCAGGAGAAUUCUUCUGCUCCUAAUCAAGUGGUCUCUGAGUAUGAGUCGAUCGUAAAGAUGUUGGAGUCAAAAAUUGAUUUGCUUGGGAACAAUUUUGUAGGGAACACUACCAGCUGGGUUCCGAACAGUUCAGCGUACAGUAACGUCGCUUCAAAUAUGAUUCCUGGGAUGGGAUAUAAUGCUGUUCCUUACCCAUUCUUUUACUGGUUAAAUAAUUUUGGGUAUGCGAUGCCAAUGUUUAUGCCUAUGGUAAUGCCUGUAGCGCAGCAAAAUAUCAGUGAAGAAACGAAUAAGGUAACAAAAAUUGAGACUGGAAAUCAAGUCAAGGAGAGUCAGCGGAACCCUCAGUCUGUCGCGAAUGUGGAAGAGGAUAGUAGAGUAGAAAUGAAUGAACCUUACUGCGAUGACAGAAAGCGACAGAGGAAUACUGGGGCUGGGUUUGCACGUGGCUCUUGUUUUAGAGGCGGGAUGAGGAGAAGUAUGGGAACAAAUGACCGUGGGACUUCUCAUAGAUCGCAAGGUGUAGAUUUCAGUCGAGGAAAACGUUAUCAAGAUUUUAGAAGGGAUUUUGAAAAGCAGCGUCGGUACAGUCGGCAUGAUUAUGGCAAGGGGCCAUUCUCUUUCGAUGAGAAAGAUAGUGGAGGCGAAAAGAAGUCAUCGUUUGGUUUUUUUUCUCCGAAAAGUAAAACCUCUACAAUGAACCGAAAACGUAACACUGCUCCUUCAUUUUUGGACAACGCAUCAAGUGAGUGGGACGUCCCGUUACCUGGCAGUAUUGUCGAAGCGUCUAGUGAGGGGAGGAGGUGCAGCGAACCGGUUGAAUUUUUUUAA